AUGGCUAUGGCCGUCAGGUCGCAAACGCCAGUGCAGGACACUUAUGGCGCCAUACCGCACCCCCCCGAUCUGCUGUUGAAUCGAGGUUACAGCGUGCGCUCCAGCUCCCGACCCAAUUCUAUUAUCGCCAGCACCUCUGGUUAUCUCGCGCACGGCGCCAACCCCGAACCCGCUCCAUACCCCCAUAACGGCCGCUUUCAUGAGGAAUUCGACGCCGCCAGUCACCGUGGUUCACUAGACGGUCCCCCAGGCGCAGGCAUGCAACGCUCCGUCUCUCAGAUGUCGCAGUCCCGUUCCGCAACCCCAACCCGAACCAGCACUUUGAAGAAGAAAGCGUCCUUGAGCAAGCGGAGCAGUAUGCGCCGCAGCGGUAGCAAGCGCAGCUUGCGUGCCGGCAGUGUACGGAGCCUUGUCCUGGGCGACAAAGAAAAGUAUGGGGCCGACGGCGAAGAUCCAAACAGCGCUUUCUAUAUCCCUAUUCCCACCAAUGGAAACCCGACAGAGGUUCUGGCAAAUCGCUUUCAAGCAUGGCGCAAGGUCCUGAAGGACCUCAUCGUCUUCUUCAAAGAGGUCCAGAAGUCCUACGAAACCCGAUCGAAACUUUUCCUGUCAGCAUCAAACAUCAUGCAAAACACAUCGCUUCCUCCGACGUUUCUCAAAUCCGGUGGUCUUUCCGAUGCGACCGACAUCUUGCGGGACUUCCACCGACAAGGGUACCUGGAAGCGAACAAAGCCGCAGAGGUGGAAAGCGAAGUUGUCAACCAACUCAUGGGCUUGCGAAACGAUCUGCAAAAGAAGACCAAGGAAAUCCGGAGUCUGUCGGGGGAUUUCCGCAACUCCGUGGACAAGGAAGUCGAAGCUACUCGUAAAACGGUCCGACACUUGCACGAAACCCUGGGUUUGGUGGACAGUGACUCCUCGGCUACAUCUGGCAAGGGAGAUCCGUUCAUUGUUCGUUUGGGCGUGGACAGGCAAAUUGAGAAGCAAAUCGAGGAGGAGAACUAUCUGCACAGGGCAUUCUUGAACCUGGAAAACUCCGGUCGCGAACUUGAAUCCAUCGUGGUCGGCGAAAUCCAAAAGGCCUAUAACGCAUAUGCCAGUAUUCUCAAGCGAGAAGCAGACGAGACGUACGACACGGUCGAAAAAUUGCGCGCGGGGCCGAUUUCGAUGCCUCACGAUCACGAAUGGAAUUCCUUCAUCGCGAACACGGACGAACUGGUCGAUCCGCGCGUUCCCCUGCGCGAUGUGGAGAACAUUACAUACCCGGGCAGGGAUCAUCCCGCCGCGGUGGAGGUUCGGUCCGGGAUGUUGGAGCGCAAGAGCAAGUACCUGAAGAGCUAUACCCCCGGCUGGAACAGGUAUGUUCUGUCCCCAACGCAUCUUCACGAAUUCAAAUCGGCCGACCGAGUCGAAUGGCAACAACCGGUGAUGUCAUUGAACCUACCGGAGCAGAAGUUGGGGUCGCACUCACAGCCCGACUCAACGUCGCACAAGUUCAUGCUCAAGGGACGACAGACGGGGACCAUGCACCGUGGUCACUCCUGGGUCUUCCGUGCGGAAUCUCACGAGACGAUGAUGGCCUGGUAUGAAGACAUCGAGAGCCUCAUUUCGAAGACCGGCGAGGCUCGGAAUGCAUAUGUGAGGCAGCAUAUUCGAUCCGCGAGUGGCAUGGGUUGGCGGAACAGCAGCGAUGGGAUGGACGAGGACGAAGCAGACCGGACGCCGUACUCAGCAGAGUCGGCGGUUUUGCACCAGGAACGUCCGACGUCGCAGCCUCGCCAGCCGGGCGGGCGUUUCCCGAGUGACGUGCAGAUAGACCGCCAUUUGGAGGCUCCACUAUCACCGUCCAGUGGGGAGAGCUCCAACGAGAGGGAUCUCCUGGCCGCGGCUGGCUCGUUACCGGACGGUCGAAAUUCGUUUAGCAACGCCGAUGUCGAGAUGGGUGAGAACCAUGCUGCGCCCGCUGCUGCUGCUCCCGUCGAAAGACGGGACAGCUACUAUGGCAGCUGGAUGGGCACAUCGGACGCCGCCACUCAUCAGCGACAGCUUGCCCAUCCAGGACAGCAUCCCAACGAGAACCGGGAGACCGCGGGUUCUGAUCGAGGGAGCGCCUCGAAUUUGUAUGUAGCGGGGCUCGGCUCCACGAACUCUCGGGACCCUUCUCUGACCCGGCAGCGAAACCGCGGCGAGAGCACAUCCACUGCAUUCACGGCCACGAAUGGCACUGACUACACUCAUACCACGGUGCCGACCUCGAUUGAUGAGAGCGAAGAAAUCAGUGCUCAACCUGAUGGGUAUGCGGGCGACGGCUUGGGGUUGAUGAAACAGCAAACGGCAGCCUCGGUAAAUCCCUCCAUUCCGACGGCUCCGACUGGACCUGUCACAACUGAUAUGGCGGCCUCGCAGAACGGAUCUGUCAAGCGCCCUCCAGCUCAAACCAAGGGCAGUGUGUCGACGCUUGAACUACAGAUUCCGGGUCAUUAUCCGCCAGCCGGUAUGGCUGCAUAG